AUGAGUUCAGAGGAACAAACAGCCAUCACAUUGCCACCCAGCAUGCGUAAACGAUUUUACGAGGCCCUCAUGAUUAUUUGCAGCAUGACUCACAUUUUUUCAAGAACAGAAAACGGCACCAGGUCCCCGAGUCUUGAGCUCGAGGGGGUUGCUGACAAGAACUCACAAGGAACCUUUUUCUGUUUCGUGAACAAGCUUAGCCAGGUGUGCGACAGUGAGAGAGGGGGUGAUACCGUCACCGCCUUUUCGGUCUUGCAACCAGACAUCAUCGAGUAUCGCUUCACUUCAAACAGCAGAACGGAAAUAAGUUUCCAGACAACAACCCGAUUUGUGACAAAGCUUCUGAAUACCCUUGGAGGAAUUUCAGGCCCCGAGCUCCAGGAGGCGCGACGCAAUGGAGAGGACUCCCUUCUGUUCUUGACUCUGAUGCAACAAAUACUCGAGUUCAACCGUCCCCGCAUUACAAAGUUUCACAUCGACUACCAAAUGGCCAGACACCUCGAAUUCUGCGCCAAUGCCUGCACGGAUGCAGAGGUAGCGACUCUUCUAAGAGCACUCAAGACUUUGGCUGAUGCUUCUCUCGAGCCACUCUUAUCUGAUUGCGAAUUUGCCAUUAAAUGCCAGCUUCUUCUCCGUACCAUCAGCAGUAUUUUCCGGAAUCCCCACGUUAAGGAAUACCUCCGGGAACGUACCCGCGAGGAUCGAGAAAAGGCCAACAAGACACCCUGGACUGAAGUCUACCACUCUCUUGGCCGCUUGCAAUCUUACACAAUCGCCGUCGCAAUUUUCAUCACCGCACGCCAGCGCUGGCCCGAACUCUUCGACCCUGGAUUUAAAGUGACCCACGUCCCCUCCAGCACACCCGCUCCUUCUCCCUCAAUCAGAGGCUCUCCGGAACGUAUCCUCUCACGGCUGACCACAAAGGAGGCCGUUCUCAAAGCUUUCAAAGAGGGCACCACCGACGCAGCCGGCCACCAGUCCCACCUCACUGAUCUGACCAAAAAGCUCGAAAGCACCAUCCGAUCCAAGUGCAAGAAAUUCCACCCCAUCGUUCACGCCGAAGUUCACCUUGCCGAUCAUAUCCUCCGCGAGUUACGCACAAACAACUCAGGACUUCGUUUCUACAACGAAGCCGCCUUCGGUCGGUACAUUGGCACCUCUAAGCCAACUUGUCACCUCUGCCACUCGUACUUUGCCUGUCCAUUUCUCUCUUCAACAGGUCGCAUUCAAGUCCGUUCCAGUUCCCACAACUACUACCAUAACUGGCGGGUUCCACACGUAUAUCCGGAGGACGGCGCCGAGGCAGAAAAGAUGAGGAAUAAGGUGAUGGGGUGGAUGAUUGAGGAUGUGAAGGCGGAGGCGGAAAGGACGGUGGUGGAGAGGUUUGCGGUGAGGAAGGGGCAUGAUAGUAACACGUACCCUUCCAUGCCGGAUACAGAUUCGGUUGCUUCUAUGCAGGUUGGUUAUGGGGGGAGCCAGUCUGGUGCUGAUGAAUCUGUGAGAAGGCUGGGCGCGAUGGAUGAUAUAAUUGCUAGUUUUGGGGGGAUGAGGGUGAGUGUUGAGGAGUAG